GUUGACUCAAAAGCACAAACUUGCUGGAAAUCUCCUUAGUCGUACGACGUGCUGGUUACGGAUAUCAGGCAUAUGCUAUUGAUAUUUUAUAUUCAGUAUAAUAGUUUUAUUAACUUUUGCGAUUUCUUCCCUGAAACUAAUAGCUUUACUUGCAACAAGUUCGCCAAAAAUCGUUAUGCGACCACUGGGUAUGGUUCUUGGACAGCGGAUUAAAUCCAUCGCCCUAUUCGCCCUCCCAUGCAAAAUUCUCGAUUACAACGGAGAUAAGAGAGCUGAUAACUGGGUUCGUGUCCGUAAACGCAACGGUAACACAGGAAAGAAAGCUGUGGCGAAGAUGGCUAAAACAUUGUUUGAGGACAAAUGGUCUGAACUCACACCCGAUUAUUUGUAUAUCAAAUGCUAUUACUUUCCUAUUGGAACUGGGAAGAUGAUAAAAACAUCAUCAAUCAAGGGAGUGUACUACGCCGAGCAAAAUCUUUCCACGCAACGUUUCAAAGUCAAAGGAUGGGGAAUGUCACUGAGCCCGUGUUGGUGGGCUUGUGAUUUACGAAGGUGUUGGCACCCUUCCACCGGUCCUGUACAUUAUAAUAUUGUGAUUGACUGUGAUGAAACCCUAUACAAAGGCUUCACCACCAUAGAGCUGCAAAAUUUGCUUUCUCAGCUUCGAUUAGUAGCACAACAAGCUGUUUAUGUCAAUGAACUACCGUUUUGAAAUCUACCUCUUCUUUUUUAUAUGUAACUAGCUGGCUUUCUCAGUCCCGCCAGGACCUAGGGUCGAAAGUGGCCCAGCAUAGCAUCUUUUUCAAAGUUAUGGCUUAUCAUUCCUCCCUUUCCUUCAGUUUGCAUCUUUUCUUCUUUUCCUGCUAUAGCUCCCAGUUAGUGAUUCCAUGGUGAAGAUGGCUUCCUUCUUGACCGCCACGCUUCGUGACACCGCAUUCUAUCCUCGCAAAAUGUGAAUGACCUCUACCGCCCCUUACUAC